CUGGAAACUAUCAGCAUGAGCAUAUCUUGCGACACUGAUCAACCAGAAUGAAAACGACAACUCAUACUACGCGAUGGAGCAAGCGAAAUGUCUAUAUAUGAUGAAGGAGACGGCUGAUGGGCACGGCCUGUUUGCCAAAGAGCUCAUCAAGGCUGGGACUCACAUCAUUCACGAGAGACCGAUUCUGACAGUUUCACAAGCUGAGACAAAGACAAAAGCCGAGUACAGAUGUGUUAUUGAUCAAGUCGCAGAUCUGAGCGACUCGGAACAACAGCGAUUGAUGGAUCUGUAUCACAACGAUAAAAAGCUGCGCGAAUUCUCAUUCCUUCAGGGCCAACUAUGUCCUGGGACAGAUCUCGACGCUGGUAUUGUCUUGGCCAAGUUCUAUACAAAUGCGGCGAGCAUCACAUCUGGGGGUCUCGAAUGUGGCUUGUUCACCAUUUUCUGUCGCAUGAAUCACUCAUGUACACCCAACAUAUGUUGGGUAUACGAUGAGCCAACGGGUUUCAUGGAAGUAUACGCAGUGAGGGACAUUGACAAAGACGAGGAAAUCACCAACUCAUACAUCGAAGUUGCAAUCUCCCACCAAGCCAGGAUGAAGGAGCUGUCGAAUUGGGGCUUUCAGUGCCAGUGCGCUGCCUGUGAAGGGCCUGAUGCUGCUAAGCACGAUAAGCGAAGACGCAGGAUUGCGCAGAUCAAGGGGAUUCUUGACAUUUAUCAGGAUGCAGGAAAAUCGGGCGACGCACCGAAGUUCGCUGAGAUCCCAAAGACAGAUCUGGAAGCAUUGAAGCUUGGCGAAGAAAGUCUCGCGCUGUUAUCGGAUGAAGGGCUCGUCGAGCAACUGGGUGUUAUGUAUGGGUUGUGUGCGAAGUUUGCCAAAGGCGCUGGACUACAUGACUUUGCAGAGGAUUAUGAGGAGAUGGAGUUUGAGAUUUUGGUAAUAACGACUGGGGAGUAUGUCGAUUGAGUUGAAAACCGUUCUGAGGGAUCAAGGAUAGUGGAAAGCCAUAUUAUUCGGAGUUACGGAGUUUGAAAUGGCUUGCAGCCCGCAUGAUAGUUCACAGAAGAGUUCCCAAGGCAUCGCUUCGAGC